CAGUGCUAGAACGCACCUGUGCCAGCUAGCCAGUUUUUCGUCAAAUUUUCAUCAGUCUCUGGAGCGCUUUCCGCGUCCUGGCUUGAGGUGAUGGACGCGGAACGUUCCGCAGGCUCGUGCAGCCAGAAGUCUGCAACUGCAAGCUCUUCUAUGAGUCAAGGCACCUGGUCAACCACCAGUGAACGCCCCAGAGAGACUCUUACUCCUGUGGCCAUGGAUGCAGAGCCUAUUGCCGGCCCGUCUGGCCAGAUCACUACAUUGACAAGCUCCUCAAGGAAACGAGGCACCUGGUCCAGCACCAGUGAAGACACAGAGGUCUACUCAAUCACAGGUGACGACUCAUCCGAUGACAGCUUCGUGUCGGUGAGGAGCCGAAGGGCUAAAAGGAGGCUUAUCAAGGCGUCGUCACCAGCGAGUACGUCAACCAUGCAGGCAGGCAGUGAACGCUGGCCGCACACCAUCCUCUUCAUGCCAGUGGAUUCUUCCGUCAACCUUCGAGUAUUGAACAGGCAAGCUCUCUCUGUUUUUCUUGAGGGAAAGGCGCCAAACGAAAUCAAGGAAGUCCGCCUGAACACACGAAAGAAUGUUCUAGCUGUCGACACAACCCGUGGAACCACGCUGGAGACGCUACGACAGAUCACAGAAUUGGGGAACAUAAAAGUACGACCGAUCAUACCUAUGGAUGGGGCCUGCACUGCAGGUGUGAUCUACGACGUUGACUUGGCUAUUUCGAACUCGGACCUGCCAAUUCUAAUCAAACCGGCAUACGAAGGAGUGGUCAUCACGCACGUAUGCCGACUCGGCAACAGCCGUUGUGUGAAGAUUGUGUUCAAGGGGGAUUCCAUCCCUUCACACGUAAAGGUCGGUCACUUCCGACAUGUCGUACGGCGGUUUGUCCCAAAGCCGCUUCAAUGCCACAAGUGCUUCAAGAUCGGGCAUGUUAAGGGCGCCUGCGCAAACUCCCCAAUGUGCCCCCGGUGCGCGGAGUCACACACUGUAGAUGUCUGCCGUGCAACAAACUUUAGGUGUGGCAACUGUAAAGGCACCCAUGAAGCGACGUCUAAAGAAUGCCCAAGACUCAAAAAAGAGUUCGAAGUUCUGAAGCAAAUGGUCAGGGAUAACUCAACCCAUAGAGAAGCCUCAGAAAAGGUCCGGCGUCGACGUCGUCAUCGACGAAAACGCUCAAGACCGGGUGGAGUUCGUGCGCCGCUUGUGCCAACGCCAUCAUCCUCAAAUAGAAUGCCCGAGAGCACAAGGAGACCUCAGACGGGAAACGCUGCCCCCGUGGAAGAGUGGCCGACGCUUGCAAGCUAUCAGUCUUCUAAGGAGCCUCCACGCUUGACGCUCCCAUCGAAGCCCGCUUCUGUUGGUGAGGCUUCAACAGUCGACUGCCAAAUGAUCCCGGUGCUGCGAUCUAUUGUGAAUGUCAUCAGGGCCAUGCUGACAAGCAUUGACACUCCAUCUGCUCGAAGUGGGCUACAAGUGCUCGACGCGCUGAGCCCCGUCCUAGCAAGCCUUGAGUGCAGCCAUGACUGACAAUCACCAGUCAUUUCGUAAGGAGGUCAGAGAAGCGUCGAUCCUUCAGUGGAACGCGAGAGGUCUAAGAUCUCGCAUCGCCGAUUUUCGUCAAUUUGUUCUCACUAACCGAUUUCCAAUCAUUGUCAUCUGUGAACCAAGAUUAUCCCAUCCAAUAAGACUAUCCGGCUACGAGACAACAUUCUCAUCAAGCGACAUCAAAAGCAGCAAGGUCGUCGUGUUUAUUCGCCGUGAACUUACUUACGUCGUCCAACCGGUGCAACCUCAUGACGACAAUCAGUAUGUGUGCAUGACUGUUAAACAUAGGAAUGUCACCUUUGCACUCUUGGGGGUGUAUCUGUCUCCAUCAAGCCGAUUUGACACCAAAAGGCUAGAAGACAUCUUAAAAACACAACCUGGUCCAUGGAUUAUCACCGGGGACUUCAAUGCACACCAUACCAUUUGGGGAAGCUCUAAGGUUAACGCGACGGGAAGACGACUAGCUUCCUUAGCUUCCAACAACGGUCUCUACCUGCUGAAUGACGCGAGUCCAACAUUUCUGCGGGGAAUAACGUACAGCAGCUGCCUCGAUUUGACUUUCGUCUCCCACCGCCUCGCCACACAUGUUAAGUGGUUUUUGGACAUUGAAACGCACGGAAGUGACCACAUCCCCACUUACCUCAAGAUCACGGGAAUGUCUAACACGUAUACGUCCACCACGAUACGAAGAAUAGAUUGGACUGUCUUUAAAUCCCACAUUGAGGACGCUUGUCACGAAGGCCUCUCUUGUGGACUUCAACAAGCUAUCAAGGAAACGGCACAGACAGCCACGCGCACACUCACGUGUUCUCCGAGGUAUUCUGAAUUCGACCUGGAAUUGGAGCGGCUUCGUGCGAUUCGCCGUCGUGCCGAAAGAAGAUAUCGACGCACUAAGUCAAUUCAGGAUCUAAGAACAGCCAGGCGACUGCAAAAGAAGAUACAACGCCGCAUGGACAAACUAGAGGCUCAGCGGUGGUCGAAAUUUUGUGCGUCGCUAGAUCCCCGCAAACCACUAUCUCAAAUAUGGAGAACUGUGCGUGGUCUACGUUCUGUUCCGGAACAGCGUUUCCCGUUUAAGGCCCUAGCACUAUUCCAGCACCGACAAGACAUUGAUGUGGCGGAAGACUUCUGUGCUAUGGUUGCGGGCCAGCCAACUCGUACAGGUUCGCUUACAUUGAACCGUAUUCCAGAUUCACGAGAUUCACGCAUGGAUCUGCUUUUCACGACGCAAGAGCUUGACGCGGCGCUCGCCCUAUGUAAUCGGUCGUCGUCGCCUGGUCCAGAUGGCAUAUCUUACCGCAUGCUAUGUCACCUUGGUGAACGGGCACGAAGAACACUCCUUAAUAUCUAUAACGAGUCGUGGCAGGAGGGCAACGUUCCCCAAGAUUGGAAGAUCAGCCGCCUGGUACCGCUUCUUAAGCCUGGCAAGUCUCCCUUAGAGAUUACUUCAUACCGACCAAUUGCGCUGGCAAGUUGCGUUGGGAAGGUAAUGGAGCGAAUGAUCCUCGCCAGACUUGAGUGGUACCUUGAACACUACGAAAUCUACCCGGACGCCAUGGCUGGUUUUCGACGUCACCGAUGUUCUAUCGACAACGUUAUCGAUCUGGUAACCUAUGUUCAACACCAAAAGACGUGUAAGAGGUUAUCUGUCGCAAUGUUCUUAGACAUAAAGGGAGCCUACGACAACGUUCUUCAUGACGCCAUACUUGAAGCAUUGGAAUCGGUGGGCCUAGGCGGUCCAUUAUAUCGUUGGACUCGCAGUUAUUUACAUAGGCGGUCUCUCUUUCUUAACACUGAAGCUGGCCCAACCUCGCAAUACUAUACGCACCAUGGAGUUCCACAAGGCGGUGUCUUGAGUCCCACACUUUUCAACCUUGUACUCAUUGGUCUCGUGGAACGACUUCCGAGCACAGUUAAAAUAUCAAUGUAUGCCGAUGACAUCUGCGUCUGGGCAUCUGGUGUGACACGGCCGCAAGUACGCGCCAGGCUUCAAAAAGCUGCCGCGUCAACAUCGGCAUACUUAAAUGAACAAGGCCUCAAGAUCUCGCCAGAAAAAUGCGCAUUGGUCGCGUUUAGCCGAAAGCCAAUGAGAUCAUACGAUGUCUCUAUCGACGGUCAAAGCAUACCUUAUGUCAGGACGCACCGAUUCUUAGGCGUAAUAAUUGAUCGUGACCUCUGCUGGAGUCCUCAUGUGGCCUACCUAAAGAAGCGCCUGACAGAUAUCUCUAAUGUGUUUAAGUUUCUUGGAGGAAAUGUCUGGGGUACUUCAGUACAUGCAAUGAUGCAGCUGUACAGGACGCUCUUUCUUGGGUACUUGCGAUACAGCUUGCCUGUGCUGACCAACACCUGCAGAAGUAAUAUCCGCACACUCGAAAGCGUCCAGGCCCAGGCACUUAGAGUGUGUCUUGGAUUGCCGCGGUGUUCGUCAACGGCUGAAACAAUUGCCAUUGCACACGAUUUCCCAGCCAAGACCCAUAUAGUCAUGGAGGCGCUCAGAGCACACGUAAGACACCUUGCUCGAG